AUCACCAGAUAUAUAUAUAUAUAUCUCAAGAAUUUAUCAAAAAAAAAAUAUAUAUCUCAAGAGGACCCUACAGAAAUUCUUCCCCAAGAAAUCAGCGCACAAUCUUCACGAACUCCACACAAAAAAAAAAUCAUUCAAAAAAUGGGUCCAUUAUCUCAGCCGCUGCUACUCCUCAUACUCACAGCUCUGUUAUCCACCAUCGCCGCCGCCGCCGCCGACAACACAAACUUGGUGUUCAAAGGCUGCGCCGACCAGAACUUCCAGGACUCCGGCGGGACGUACAAGCAAGCACUGACGAAUCUGCUCGACACAUUAAUCACCCAAUCCUCCGCCGCGAAAUUCUUCAAAACAACCUCCGGAUCGCCGCCGUCGUCCAUCACCGGCCUCUUCCAAUGCAGAGGCGAUCUCUCGAACGAAGACUGCAGCAGGUGCGUGAAGAGGACACCGGAUUUCGCGCAGAAGCUCUGCGGCGGAGCAAUCGCUGCCAGAGUCCAAUUAGGCGGAUGCUAUUUGAGGUACGAGAUCGCCGGAUUCAGGCAGGUGAGUGGGACCGAGUUGCUGUACAAGGUGUGCGGGUCGACUCGGGCGAGUGGGGCCGGGUUUGGUGACAGGCUGGAGUUGGGGUUUGAGGAGAUAGUCAAAGGCGUAGGGAGUGGGAACGGUGGGUAUUACGCGGCGGUGUAUCAGUCGGUGUAUGUGUUGGGUCAGUGCGAAGGUGAUUUAGGCGGCGGCGACUGUGUGAACUGCGUGAAAAACGCGAUCGACAGGGCUAAAUCUGAAUGCGGGAGCUCCAUUGCUGCACAGAUUUAUCUUCAACGCUGCUACAUUAGCUACUCUUAUAAUCCCAGAGGCGUUCCGGCCGACAACCAACAACCGAUUUCACCUUCAUCAGGGACAGGGAAGAUUAAUACAGAGAAGAUAAUUGCAAUUGUGCUGGGAGGGCUAGUGGGUGUGGGCCUUGUAAUGGCUUGUUUGCUCUUCACUAAAUCAGCUUUCAAGAAAAAAACUCAUUCUCACAAGUAUGGUGGUUAGAGAGGUUAGUAGAUAGUUUCAUCUCUCUCUCUCUCUCUAGAUCUCUCUCUCUCUCUCUGUGAGAUUGUUUUUGGGCAGGACAAAAUCAGAAGUUUUGAGGUGGUAUUAGAGACUAAAACUGGUAUUAGUAUAUAGACACAAGCAAUGGCAGUGGGUGGGUUGUAAAGGGGGGAUGAUUACAUUUGCUUUCACUUUGACACAGAUGUAAAGUUUUUUCUUCCACUCUAAGUUUUGUUAUUGUAAUUUUGUAAUGGCAUUACUGUAAAAUUGCUUUCCCUUAUGUUAGUGACCUGAAUAUUAAUGAAUAUCCAUAAAUUCAUAUAUAAUCACCAA